GGAGGGGAGGUGAAGACAGGCAGUCUACCGAGACUUACAGAGUUGGGCUUUUUGCAAAAACGCAGUCGGGGAAUUAUUCCCCUCUCCUUAGUCUAGUACUCCCCCCUGACCCCGUCCCCCAAGGCAGUAGGUCUCCUGGGCUGUCCUUCCCUCCGUGUCCAAGCAGAAACGACUGGGCUGUACAGAGGCCCUCGCCUUGGCCAGUACCGGGCCCAGAGAUUUAAAUCACGGUCCUGUACCUGUCGUUCUGGUUUCUAAGGCAUUCGUGUGAGCCCUUAACCCUCUACUCCCACGCAUCCUCACUCUACACAACUCAGGGCGCAAAUUUGUUUUAUUGGGAGAGACUUUGACCGGCAAAGACCUAGUGAACAGAGGGUGGGGUUCAGACAAGCUGCGAAAUCCUUUUCUCAAGGGAAGCGUCUUUAAUGCUAAGUAAAAGCCGUAACCAUCUAAGUAUCGGAUAGGCGUCGCAGGCGGAGAGAUGCGGGACGCCGGGAGCUCGGAAGUCUGGUGGGAGGGUCUGGGUCGGGAGCCGCCCACAAGGAGUUCCCUGCUAAGUGCCGGAUGAUGGGGUCGCCGAGGUCUAAAGCCUGGUCAUAACCAAGCGAGUGCCCUCAUCGCCCCCUUCUCAGGCGGGAGCAUGCUGGGGCUCCGGGGGCCGCAGCUACCCCCGGCAGGGAUCCUGCUCCUGUUGCCAUUCCUGCUGCUGCUGCCGCCCGCAGCCCCCGCGCCCCAUCGGGCUUCCUACAAGCCGGUCAUCGUGGUGCACGGGCUUUUUGACAGCUCGUAUAGCUUCCGCCACCUGCUGGAAUACAUCAAUGAGACACACCCCGGGACUGUGGUGACAGUGCUCGAUCUCUUCGAUGGGAGAGAGAGCUUGCGGCCCCUGUGGGAACAGGUGCAAGGGUUCGGAGAGGCUGUGGCCCCCAUCAUGGCACAGGCCCCUCAAGGGGUGCAUCUCAUCUGCUAUUCGCAGGGGGGCCUGGUGUGCCGAGCACUGCUCUCUGUGAUGGAUGAGCACAAUGUGGAUUCUUUCAUCUCUCUCUCCUCUCCACAGAUGGGACAGUAUGGAGACACGGACUAUUUGAAGUGGCUGUUCCCUACCUCCAUGAGGUCUAACCUCUACCGGAUCUGCUAUAGCCCAUGGGGCCAGGGAUUCUCCAUCUGCAACUACUGGCAUGACCCCCACCACGAUGACUUGUACCUCAAUGCCAGCAGCUUCCUGGCCCUGAUCAACGGGGAAAGAGACCAUCCCAAUGCCACUGCAUGGAGGAAGAACUUUCUUCGUGUGGGCCGCCUGGUGCUGAUUGGAGGCCCUGAUGAUGGUGUUAUUACCCCCUGGCAGUCCAGCUUCUUUGGUUUCUAUGAUGCAAAUGAGACGGUCUUGGAGAUGGAGGAACAACUGCCUGCCCAGCCCGCCCACCAGUCUGAGCUGCUGCUGCUGAGGCUAGUCUGCCUGAAGUCUCCGGGAGAGAGGGAAAGAGGUGGGGAGAGAAUGUCAGUGGGGAAAGAGUGGGUGUCAAUCAGAGCCUUGGAGGCAAUCUGGCAGAGUCUGGUGUCAAGGAGAAUCAUGGGGUCCAGGGCUGAGCUGUGCACUCUCUUAGGCGGACUUUCAUUCCUCCUGCUAUUGAUGUCUGGCGAGGGGGCCAAGGGUGGAUCCUUCAAAGAGAGUCAGGGAGUCUGCUCCAAGCAGAUGCUGGUGGUCCCACUCCGUUACAAUGAGUCCUACAGCCAACCGGUGUAUAAGCCCUACCUGACUCUGUGCGCUGGAAGGCGUGUCUGCAGUACCUACAGGACCACUUACCAUGUGGCGUGGCGGGAGGUGAGGAGAGAGGUGCAGCAGACCCACAUCGUGUGCUGCCAGGGCUGGAAGAAGCGGCAUCCGGGAGCGCUCACCUGUGAUGAAGCCAUCUGCGCCAAGCCCUGCCUGAACCGAGGCGUCUGCGUCCGGCCAGACCAGUGCGAGUGCGCCCCUGGCUGGGGUGGGAAGCACUGUCAUGUGGACGUGGAUGAAUGCAGGACUGGCAUCUCCCUCUGCUCGCACCGUUGCCUCAACACAGCAGGCAGCUUCACCUGUGGCUGCCCCCAUGGCUUGGUGCUGGGCCCAGAUGGGCGCACCUGUGCAGAGGGGUCCCCAGAGCCCCCAACCAGUGGCAGUAUCCUCAGUGUGGCUGUUCGGGAAGUGGAACAGGAUGAGCACGCCCUGAGGCAGGAGAUGCAAGAGCUGCGAGGGCGCCUGGAGCAGCUGGAGCAGUGGGCUGGGCAGGUAGGGGCCUGGGUCCGAGCUGUGCUGCCCGUGCCACCGGAAGACCUGCAGCCCGAACAGGUGGCAGAGCUGUGGGGCCGGGGCGACAGGAUUGAGUCUCUCAGUGACCAGGUGCUGCUGCUGGAGGAGAGGCUAGGCGCCUGUGAGUCCCCAUCCCCCAAUAACUGCCCCCAGCUUUUCCUGACACCUUUCUCCAAUUCAGUUUUCUUUUCCUGAAACCCUUCCCCCAUCACUCUCUCCUCAUACCUUCCCCAGAUAUCCGCACUUCAUCACCCUUUCUUGUACCCUGUCCCCAACCCAGUGGUUCCAUUUAUUCUUGGUGCCCACGGUCCACUCCAGGCCGGAGGCAGCCCCGGAGGUCCACUGCCAACGUGUCUGCCCAUCUCCUUGUCAUUAACCAGGCUCCUGUGAGGACAACAGCCUGGGCCCAGGCCUCAAUCGGCGAAGAUAAGGAACCUCUGCAGAGCCCCUGCCCCCUAAUUUAUACAGAAACUAGACCCACUAAUCCUCUGGGAUUGGCUGCUGGGGGAGCUGCAGAUAAGGUUAGCUGUCACUAAGGAGCAAUGAGCAAUGGAAACUUCGGAGAACUGAAGAAGGGGAAGGAAGGUUGUCUUGGCCCGUGUCCCUGAGUCUUCCGGCUGGGGCAGAGCCCCUGGGCGAGAACUGCUUCUUCAACUCCUUAACAAAUGCAGCCAGAGAGUGCCCAGAUCUCUCUCUCAAUCUUUAUUCUUGGUUUCUUGCUGUUAGCCAGAUAAUUAAUAAAAACCAACCACGCAAAA